AGUGAGGACACCCAAGGUUAGCACCGCCGGGACAAGCCACUGGACCCCCGUCUCACCCGGAAUCGCGGAACACCCGGGGCGCAGGCGCUCAUCGUCGUCAGUCAGCCGGUAAAACUGAUUUUCCGCGCCCCGGGGCACUCCCAUCCCGCCAAUCCGCAUACGGCAAUGCAGGCGAAUUUUGGAAACUGCACACCAAAGUUCCCGCAGCAUCUUGAACGUCGACCCGUCGGUAGAUACACAGCACAUACCGCAGAAAUGGCCACCUUCUCGUCCGAUUUGAUUUGGGAAAUCACCCGCGGCAACAGUGCCACCCUCGUUAAGAGGGCUCAGUCCGGCGGUGUGUCGUUCUCGCGCGACCAGUUCAACUUGAGGAACAAGUACUCUCGCAAGUACGAGGGUCUCGUUGCCGACAAGGCCAUCGGUGUCCAGCCCGGCCAGGAGGGUGGUGUUGUUGUCCUCACCAAGAAGACCGACAAGGCUCACCAGCCCGCUGCUCAAAUCCAGACCGCCACCAUCCCCGCCAAGCGAUCCACCCGCAAGACCUACGCCGGUAUCAUCAACUCCACCGCUGGCCGCAACUACCGCUCCGAUCUCCGCACCGACGCCGUUGCCCGCGCAUCCGCCAUCCGCAAGUCCCAGAAGCCCGUCAAGGCCGACAAGCCCGCCAAGGUUCGGGGCAGCAAGAAGGCGAAGCAGACCGAGGCUUAGGUCGAUUGAAAAUGAUCAUGAACGGGGCGAAAUGGCAUUUGUGAAAGCAUGAGGAUCAGGCAAAUGGAGUUCUUUCUCAUGGGUGUUCCUUCCUCUAUAAGGCGGCUAUGAAUGGAAUUGAAAUGGCAUGCAUAUAUCCAAGCCGACAAAAAACAAACGACUUUCUGCAAAGAAAUGAAAGAUGAUUACUGAACAACAACACCAACCGCACCCGGCAUCAUCAAUUGAUCGAAGUCAUGUCAUGUGAAAGAAUCUGUACUCGACAUGCUUUGACUGCCGUCGACAAUUCCCAAUCCGCACCCAUAUUGCACUUGACUCCGUCUGUUCCAGCAAAUGACACCUCGUCUCCAAAUAUGCAAAACCGACCUCACUCCCAAGCCCGCCCUUAAAUUAUCCCCUUCUUCCAUCACAACCUGAUCAACCACCCCAAAGAUGCACAACCCACUCUCCCCUCCCACGUAUCCGCCCCAAAAUCAUGUCACCCCCAAAUCAAACCAAAACAAACCCAAUUUCUCGUCGUACUGACAAGACAGACCGAAAUACGC